AUGGCUCCAGAUCUCAUAAUAAAGCCAGCCGAGCCCAAGCACCUCACACCCAUUACCGCCAUCCAAACCCACUACGCACUCAACACCGUCCUAACAUUCGCCACAAUCGGUCUCACUGAGGCUGAGUUCGAAGCCAGAUAUCACAACAUAGUAUCAGAGAACCAACUUCCUUUCCUAGUAGCCAUCCUCCCAGCUAAAUCCCAGACCCAAGAAGACCCAGCAUCAGGAGAAGAGACAGUAGUCGGCUACACCUACAUCUCACCCUACCGGCCCAGCCUCCAAGCUUAUACUCAUACGGGAGAGCUCUGUCUCUUCGUCUACCCUCAAUAUCUAUACCAGGGAAUUGGAUCUGUGCUAUUGAAGGCAUUAUUCGAGUCAUGUAAGGAGACGAGAAUCAAAGAGCUUUUGGCGGUCAUGGCUGUUGAUGUAGAGACGAGGGGUGGAGGUUUAGGGUUAAGGGAUUGGUAUGUUAGCUGGGGCUUCAGGGAGAUUGGAACAAUGGAGAUGGUGGGACGCAAAUUUGAGAGGUGGGUUGAUGUGAUUUUCUUACAAAAGUACAUCGAUGGAAAGUUAGAUGUUGCCUAG